UAAUGUGACGUCGAAACAUGGCGUUUCUGGAGAAAGGUGAUGGUGUUUGGUUUUGUUAGCGAUUCGUAAAUUGCUGUGAAGCGCCUCGUGAAGUUUCUACCAUGAUGCUUUUGAAAUCAUAUGGUAGCCUUAGAAAUCGGAAUUGUUUUGCUGGCAAAUGAAUUUAAACUAUGAGUAAAGCCUUCUGGCUGUCGUUAGCUUUCCCGAGCUACCAGGCUAAUUUCUAACAACAGUCGCAAGCUAGCAUAGUGAGUUGGCUAGCCUGCUGUCUUGUUUAGCUGUUGACUAGCUGGCGAGUAAUGCUAGCUGGCAGCAAUGAUAUUAUUCAAUGAAGUCGGGCAAAUGCUGGCACCUGCAAAUAACGAAUCCUCCGCAUAGUAUGCGUGUUCUUUGAUAGACGUGUGUAGAUCUAUUUGUUAUAGCUCGUUAGCUAUACUGACCGUGGCUGAUCAUUCUCGGGGACUACCUGGAGAAGUCAACCCUGGGCAGGAUGGAAAGCCAUUAUGGAUGUUUGUUGUCGCUGGGGAUAUGGACUCUACAUUUAACAUCAUCGGUAGUUCAGUGUGCUCCGCUGCCAUAUACAGACAGAGUGGAGUUGGGGGAAGAGGCUCUUCAGCUGUCUGCUCUGCUGUCUCUGUGUGUGCUGGUGGUGUUGGCCGUGGUGCUCUUCAACUGUGUCAACUGCUGCAAGGAGCGGGAGAUCAACUUCAAGGAGUUUGAAGACAACUUUGAGGAUGAAAUCGACUUCACCCCCCCGGCGGAGGACACCCCCUCCAUGCAGUCCCCAGCGGAGGUGUACACACUGGCCGUGCCCCCCGUCCCCAUGCCCGGACCCCCUCACCUGGACCUGCCCCGGAUAGCAGAUGGCUCAUCGGCCCCCCACGUGGCUCGCCACAGCCUCAGCUACAUCCAGGAGAUCGGCAGCGGAUGGUUUGGCAAGGUCCUGUUGAGUGAGAUCUACACAGACCCCAGUGUCUCCAGGGUGGUGGUGCAGGAGCUGAAAGCCAACGCUGGAGCCAAGGAGCAGAAUGACUUCCUACAGCAGGGAGACCCCUACAGAGUCCUCCAGCAUCCCAACAUCCUCCAGUGCCUGGGCCAGUGUGUGGAGGCCAUCCCCUUCCUGUUGGUCUUCGAGUACUGCGACCUGGGUGACCUGAAGAGCUACUUGGCGCAGCAGGAGUGGCAUUUCGGCAAGGCAGAGUUGCUGCAGCUCCAGAGGAUGGCCUGUGAGAUCGCUGCAGGCGUCACACACCUGCACAAGCACAACUUCCUGCAUAGUGAUUUGGCUCUGAGGAACUGCUUUUUGACUGCCGACCUGACUGUUAAAGUGGGAGACUAUGGAAUCGGGCCGUACAGAUUCAAGGAGGAUUAUAUUACCACAGAGGAGGACCAGCUUGUGCCGCUGCGAUGGCUGGCCCCGGAGCUGGUGGGGGAUUUACAUGGAGGCGUCAUCACUGCCGAACAGACCAAGCCCGGCAACGUGUGGUCUUUGGGAGUAACGCUGUGGGAACUGUUUGAAAAUGCCAACCAGCCGUACCCUCACCUGUCUGAUCGCGAGGUGCUGAACCAUGUGGUCCGGGACCAGCAGAUCAAGCUCUUCAAGCCCCAGCUGGACCUGCCCUACUCUGAGAGAUGGUACGAGGUGCUGCAGUUCUGCUGGUUGCCGCCGGACAAGCGCGCCACAGCGGAGGAGGUGCACCGGCUGCUCACCUACCUACGCAUGCAGGGCCAGAAGGACGUGGAGGACGACUUCGAGCAGCGCUGGAACUCCCUGCGGCCCAACCCCUGUGCCCGCAACGGUCAGAGCCAGGCCACUGCCAGCCACAACUCCUCCUUCCCCAUCCUGGAGAACCUGGACGAGGCCGGGGAGCCAGACGAGAUGCUGACGGUGACGGAAACCAGCCGGGGGCUGAGCUUCGAGUAUGUGUGGGAGGGCGCCAAGCACGACCACUACGACAGCCAGCACCACGCCGCCAUCGACGCCACGCUCAACUACAACAGCGUGUUCUUCCCGGUGCCCAGCCAGGAGAUCCAGGCCAGCUUCCCCCCGUCCACAGGGGACGUCGCCGGGCUCGGGGUGGCAGGACACCAUGGGGGUGACCAUGUCGACAUCGACCUCGGCAGCCCUCUCACCCAGAGAGUUCCAGGUGUGCUGCCGGUGUACGACGCCCAUGAGGUGGCCUCGGGGAAGGACUACUACAUCCAGCUGGAGGACCAGGAUGAGAGUACCACAGACUCCCAGGACCUCGUGGCCAAGGCCGAGCCUGCCCCUCCCGGCUCGGAGCACUUCCUCAUGCUGCACGACUCGCGCCUGGACGAGUCCAGCACGGACGCCGACUUCUUCCACGGCAGCAUGGACUCCAAGGACUCAUUCAUGCCCGAUAGCCACACCUGGUCCUCCAGCGACCACGAGAGUCCCUUCCACACCAACAUCUUCAGCGAGGGGGACUCCUCGAAAACGGACGAGACCCACCUGUGGAGGACCGGUUUCAUGGAGCUCCCGGACCUGACCAACAGCCUCGGCUUCCAGCAAGGGAAGCCCAGCCUGGCCAAGGCAGAGAGCACCGACAGCCAGACGUUUUUAGGAGGGGACGGGCUUCUAGAUGACUUCAGUGAGGGGGACGACACCGAUGUCAUUAAGCUUCUCCACACAGAGAAGCUCACUGACAACUUCACGUUCCUCAAGGAGAACAGUUUGAUCAAGGAAAGCCCAGAUUCAGGGAAAUUGGACCAGAACGCCAACUCGCCUGCCAGUGCGAUCGCAAGCAUUUCAGAAAGUGGAGAGCUCUCAGACAAGCAGGCAUCCAUCGCUGAGGACACUGCGAAAUCUCUAUCAUUGGCAGAUGUUUCCUCUCCCUCUUCCCAAGCGGAACUGUUUGAAUUUUCAGGCUCCGAUUUUAUUGGGGCUCUUAAGCCUUUAGCAAGUGAAUCUCUGGUGCCUUCGAAAGCCUCGCUGUCGGGAGAGGACUGCAGCAGCCCUACGCUUCCCGCAAGCAUCAGCUCUUCUCCUCCUUCUCACAGUGAAACGAAAGACCACAGCGAAAGUGGUGAUGUACUGCACUCCUCCGAUUUUGUCAUUGACUCCUCCGCCGCUCUUAACUCUACCUCCCUGUUUGCAGAGGGCCCUGCGAGUCCAGCAGCCCCAGUAUUGAGCAUGGAAGCUGGCUCCCCAGAAUCCCCUGCGCUCAGUCAAAGUGCCACUCCAGAAAUGAUGUGCACUGAUGCCAAAACCCCCUCCUCCAACCUCGAAGAGCCCUUAGCAGCACACUUUCAGGACUCUACGCAACACACAGAACCAGACUAUACAGAAACAGAGCUCAAUCAUGCAUCUGCUCCAGAACUCAAUCAUCCCUCUUCCCCAGAACCCACUGUGAUAUCAGUAAAGGACAACGAUGCGUCUCUGUCUGAUUCGGCCGUAGACGUAGACAAAGGCUCGAGCACAGACACGGACCAACAUCUUCCGCAGUGCACCGACGAGGAGGUCAGUUUCACCGAACCUCUGUCCCAGGACAGGACCUCCUCGUUGCAGGUGUCGGAGCCCUAUUUGGACCAGGUCAGCGAGGACAGCCUCCUGGAGGACAGCCUCUCCUCCCCACUGCCGACCACCGAGACGCCGUCUGCCGAGACGCCAGACUCCCUGGACUCUCUGGACAUCCACAGGAUCGGGGGCCAGGAGGAGCCUCUAGUGCACCACACGCCAGCAGCUCCCAGCAAACUGCAGCCCCCGUAUAAGGCUGCCGACAGCGGAUACGAGACGGAGAACCUCGAAUCGCCGGAAUGGAACUCGCAACUGAUUCCCGACGCAUCAACAUCGGAGGAAGCUGAGGCUGAGGCUGAGGCAGUAGCGAGUUCCCCCGCGGAGGUUCCCUCCACCACACCGCUGGUGCCUCCAGAGAUUGUUGUCGUGGAUAUGGGGAAUGGGCACGCCGUGGAAGACGACGCACAGCGAGACGAGCAGCAGCAGCAGCAGCAGCAGGAGCAGGACCAGGAAGAGGAGGUGGCUGCCCCAGCAGAGGACACCCAUACUGUAGGCAGCUACCGAGACUCGGCCUACUUCUCUGACAACGAGCUGGAGAACGAUAGGCCGAGACCUGAGGAGCCGGUAAAUGGGGCGGUGUCUAGGGAGGCCACCGUCUGGGACGGAGAGUCUUCGGAGGCAGCAGAGCUGGGCGACAACAAUAACUCAGUAGUCGUGCUGUCUCAGGAGGCACCUGAGAAUGAUCUGCGUCACCCACAAAUGGACGACUCUGAAGACGUGUCUAAACCUUUGGUGGACUUCAGUGGUGUUGAAAAUGUUCUUUCAGAGGCAAAGACGAAUGGUGUGGCUGAACCCAUCGUCAGCACUGCAGAAGAGGGCAGUAUUUAUGAUGACAUUCUGGUCCUCACUGAUGGCGAGAAGGAAACUGAGGGCAUGGCUGGUUUUGAGGAGUGGUGUUCGCCCCCAGCCCUUUCUGGUCCAAUCACGGAGCCCUCGGCAAACGCCUCCUCCUCUGACACCACGGAACGCUCUCCCAAGUCUCCGCUAGACGGCAUGGCCCACGCCAAGCUGACCAGAACGUUCGGCGGAGAAGUUGUUCCUCGGAGGAAGGAGCCGGACAGCGAGGGCCGUUACCUGGGCCGCCUUGAGGUGGCCCAGGAGGACGGCCGCGAGGACGGCAUGGACGCCGACGAGGAGGACGAGAACAGCGACGACUCUGACGACGAGCGCCAAGGCUACCGUCUCCAUAGCGACAGUGAGGAGAGCGAGGAUGACGUGGAGCACCCGGUGCCGCUCAUCAUCUCGGACAACAGCGACGCGAGCCACCUCAAGAGCCUGCUGAAGCCCACCUCACUAGCGGUCAACAAAGCCUCUUCGCCCGCAGCAGACACCAGCGACGCGAACGGCUCCAAAAGAGCAGUGUCCUUCUUUGAUGAUGUCACGGUCUACCUCUUUGAUCAGGAGACUCCCACAAAGGAGUUGGGAGGAGACCACACUCUGGGCUCCAACAGUCAGGUGUCGGAGUUCAGCAGUCCGGCACCAUCUGCUGGAUACCUGAACAGGUUUGCCAACUCAACCGAGAGCUCCACAGAUGAAGAAGGCGGGAAUUUCGAGUGGGACGAUGACUUCACCUCGCCCGAGCCCUCGUUCCUGGGCAAGGCGGCGAGCAGUGUGGCCGCGUCCAAGGUCUCGCCCGCUGGUGCCUCUCGGUACUUCUCCCCUCCCCCGGCGAACCGAGGAGGAGUGGAGAGCAGCUGGAGCAGCACGGCCUCCUCCUACUCGCGCUUCUCCAUCACCCCCGCAAACAUCGCCAGCUUCUCCCUAACACACCUCACCGACUCAGACAUUGAGCAAGGGGGAAGCAGUGAAGAUGGAGAGCGGGAUUAAGCUGGAGGUAGUAGUCGGGUGGCUCUACCUUGAUGCGAACAAGUCGACCUGACUGGUCAGGUUUUUGAAGACCUCGCUCUUUCACCCUCACCCUUUCCUCUCUCACCCUCUAAGGACAGCAACCUCAGACUGCUGGAACUGCAAUCUCAUACUGUACCAAUCCCACUUUUACACCCUCCUCUCUUCCUUUUGAAAGAAAAAAAAAAAGAAGGAAAUUUUUUGUGUCUUUUUGUUCGACGAGGAUUAUUAUUUUAUCUGAGACAUGAUCCUUCGGAUUGGUGAUCUUUCAGGGCGUUGCAGGUUAUUCUUCUGCCGGAGUAAUCCCUGAAGAAGUGAUGGAACAAUCUGCUGUAAACAAAGAUGGCAAAUAAAGAAAACGGGAGAAAAAAAACGAACACACAAAGACAAAGGAAAUCGUUGAACUUCAAGAGCUUCCCUAGUGUCUUACCUGGUUCUCUCUGUGUGCUUCUCACACACAAACAAACACUCUUCACAUCUACUCUGUACACUCUUGUAGCUGCAGAUUAAUGGUUUCAGACAAUGAUGGUUGAACUUUGAAAAGUCAGCGCCCCCCCCCUUUCCAGCCCUACUAAGUAAUAGGGAUCUCCUGCUUUGCAUUGGCUGCCUUCACCUCUGAUCUAGAUGUUUUGUCAUCUCGCUUGAUGCAGAACAAAACCCCAGAAUUCCAGAACAUCCCACAACAAUGCCACAUCUGCAGUCACCUGAGCCGCAAGAUCUUCCCUUUUCUACUUCCUGGAUUGGGUUGCAAUGUCAUAACGGAACACUGAGGAGUGGAGGCCCACCUCUGUAAUGGAACCUUUUGCCUCUUAUGUGUUAUCUGAUUGAGUCUUAUCCCCCCACCCCCCAAAACACACACACACACACACACACACACACACACACACACACACACACACACACACACACACACACACACACACACACACACACACACACACACACACACACACCACAUAUGCAAUGGAUAUUGGUAGGAUACAGUAUCAGCUGUUGACCAGUGCUGAAGAUAUGAAGCUUCACAUUGCUGAGGCUGAAGUAAAGCUGACUACAGACCUGCUCCACUCUUCCCCAGUGUUUCACAUCACAUCAGCCCAUCCUUCUUGUGCCUCUACUACAAACUUUACAUGCCCCAGAGAUCAUGCUCACAUACACUCCACAGACUUAGAAACCAAACCAUGCUUGGUGGAUUGUCACCCCACUUUCCGACAGACUUCACAGGGCUUGAUGAUGUGGCAUCACAUGAAUGAGAUUGUAAUAUGAAUUUGUAUUUGUGCAUACUGUAAAGGUAAGCGUUGCAGUAGCAAAAGAAUUGUUUGAUGUUUUCAAACAAAGCCUAUUGGUCAAAUGUAAUGUGGAAGCUUCCCUUUUCUUUCUGUGGUGAGAUCAAAAGGGAAUCGUUUUGGGUUCAGAAGAUGUCUUCUGUCUUUUCCUAAAAAGUAAAAACGUGCCGUUUAUGCUGAUGGACAAAAACAUUUUAGGUCUAGUGUUUUUAUUCUGUGAACACCAGACUAGAGAGGUGGAGGCCACUGCUAUUGUGGAGGUUUUCUGUAAGAUGACCCAUCUUUGGUAACUUCUCAUGGCUGGUCUUAUCUUAAAGGUGAGACGGGGGAUAAGCUGCCCUUUCAUGUCUUUCAGCAGCAAAUCAUUUCAUUGGCUGUAUAUAUAUUUAAUGAACGGUAAAAAUUUCACACAAGAUAAGCUGAUAACACGAUAUAUAUUUUUCAUCAGCUUGAUUUUUAAAGAAAGAUAAAGAAAAAAAGAAUUAAGGAACUUAAUUAAACCAGCCGGACUCUGUUGCAAUAGCUCCACAGUUUGGUGUUGUGAAGAAUGGUGGUGGUUGUGGUGACUGGGCUUUAAAUACUGUAUAGCGUUUGCUUAAGCUAUGGGUGGAUCCCUUUGGUUGAACUCACAGACUCAACAGUCCCACGUCUUAACACCCGACCCCCUCACAUCUGUAUUACCAGCAGUCUUGGUGAGCUGAACUUGAAAGUUCUAUUUAAGGAAAUUCCUUUUUCGGUUUUUGUUUUUUUUUGUUUCCCAGUGUACAUUGCUUAAUCUUGCACAUCUGAAAAAAAGUGUAACUUAAAUGUUGAACUGUACUCAUGUAUAUAAAUGUUUAAUUUUGUCUGUAAAUUGGGAAUGGUGUAAGCUCUAGUUUGAAGUUUCGAUUUGUAAUUUAAAAAGAAACAAAUGAAAACAUAUCAUGGUUUUGAAUGAUGUGGACGAGGAAAAAAAACAAUUUAAAUUAAGGACAAUGACCAGAGGAUGCAGUCAUGCUGUAUCUGUAUGCGUAACUUGUACAUUUAAACAAAAAUGUGCUAUUUUUACUUAAUAUUGAUGAUCCUGCUUAGUGUAAUUGAAUGAAUUGUUUAUAAUUACACUGUUUAAUAUGGAAAUAAAUUAAAAUGUACUUCUGCA